ACUCGAUGGGUAACAAAUGACUGGAGUCGAGUGGAAACUACGAGAGUCGUUGCAUUUGAAUGAGUUUUAACCGUCGUUUCGAGACAUUGUGGCCCUUUAAAUGGCUGGUGUUGCACGCUGUUGAGUCCACCUUGAAAUCAAUUUUAAAAAACUGGAGGAUCCGUGAAAAGUUGACGUCAAUUAAUAUUACAAAAUAAAGAAAGGUUCGAGGGGUUGUGCUGCAAUCCCUUGGGGAGGUGAAAUUCCUCGGGAUUUGUAGUUUUGAAGAUAAUUCGUGGAGCAGUCACUGACUGCCGAAGAAGCCAUUGCUUACACAGGCAUUGUCCGGGAAAUUUUUUGUUUGGAGGCCAAUUGGAGUCUGGAAAGAUGUCUCAUCUGAGGUAUCAGAAGGAACUUAACAAUUUAACUCGCAUGGACGAUGCUAUCAAGGGCCCUAUGCCCAGGUGGCAGAAAAAAGGACUUGAUGCCUCCAAUUCAAGCAUUAAUAUCAGCUUGAAUAGCUCAAGAAUGAAUGCCUCGUCGAUGAGUCUGGUCCCUGGGAAGACUCCUACUAAACGUGCUGACAUGAAGACGAGGAAAACACCCAAUAAAAAUGCCAAGAAAUCACCGAGUCGUACAAAUGCAACGACUCCAGCAAAAACUCCCAGUGGAGGAGACAGAUUCAUUCCUUCGAGAUCAACGACGAACUUCGAUCUGGCGUACCACAAGCUCCACCAGCAUGCCUCGGACCCAGACAGUGACAAGACAUCAACGAGUGACGGCUCCAGUCCCUCAAAGAAGGAGAUGCAGCGUUUGAUAAGCGAGAAUCUCCACGGGGGUGACAUCAACAGCAUGAGGGUUCUCUCUUACCAGAACAAGGCCCCAGAGCCGCCGGAGGGCUACCAGAAUCCCUUGAGAGUGGUCUACAGCCAGUCAAAAACCCCAGCCAGCAUCAAAACAUCGAGCAGGUACAUCCCCCAGGCUCCAGACCGCAUUCUCGAUGCCCCUGAGAUCGUUGACGACUACUACCUCAAUCUGGUCGACUGGUCAUCAAGUAAUGUCCUGGCUGUGGCCCUCGGAGGUAAUGUCUAUCUAUGGAACGCUGGCACUGGCACCAUCGAACAGCUUUUCGAACUCGAUGGCAAUGAUUACGUCUGCUCGGUUGCCUGGAUCCAGGAGGGCCCCUAUCUCGCUGUUGGCUGCACCAAUGGUAACACCGAGCUGUGGGACUGUAGUCAGAUGAAACGAGUCAGAAUUAUGAAUGGACAUGCUGCUAGGGUUGGCUCCCUCGCAUGGAAUGCCCACAUUCUCACCAGUGGAUGCAGAGCUGGAAAACUUGGACACCACGAUGUGCGUCAACGUGAGCACCUGGUAUCAUCAGUGAACGCCCAUGCGCAGGAGAUCUGCGGAUUGAAAUGGUCAACAGAUGGCAAAUAUCUGGCCAGCGGUGGUAACGACAAUAUGCUCCAGAUAUGGCCAGCAAUUGGUGGGACAAAUCAGGCCCAAACCCGUCCUAUAUACACGAUGAAUCAGCAUCAGGCAGCUGUGAAGGCCCUGGCGUGGUGCCCAUGGCAAACGAAUGUCCUGGCCAGUGGCGGUGGAACUGCUGACAGGACCAUUCGCUUCUGGAACUGCAACACCGGUGCUUGUCUCAACUCCAUCGACACACAGUCCCAAGUCUGCUCCCUCUUGUGGUCCCCGACCUACAAGGAAAUCGUUUCAGGCCACGGUUAUGCUCAAAAUCAAUUGACAAUUUGGAAAUAUCCGAAUAUGACGAAAGUUGCUGAACUGACAGGGCACACAGCUCGUGUUUUACAUCUCGCAAUGUCUCCCGAUGGCACUACGGUCCUCAGUGCUGGGGCUGACGAGACCCUUCGGCUGUGGAAAUGCUUCCAGCAGGACCCCACCAAAAAGAAGAAGGAACAUUUCGAGCCCAAAUCAGUUGCCUCGAAAUUGAAACAAUCCAUCCGAUGAAUUUGGUAUUUCCAGUGUGACGAUAGAUUAUUUGUCUUUGAUAAUUUAUAUUUUUUAUGACUGAGUAGAUUAUGAAACUUUUUGCUUUCUACGUACAUUACAUUUUAGAUAAUAAAGAGAUUUGUGAGGGUAUGUCAACGCAAGCUUGUUUUCUUAAAUUAAUUGCGAAUAUGUAAACCAAGUUUGAAAGUGAGUGGUGUUGGAUCUUUAAGCAUGAUUGGGUCAUGUUAAUUACUCAGGAAUUAUAACUAUUAUUUUUCUACUCCGAGAUGACGAUGACGUUGUAGUGAUAAUGUUAAAUAUAUAGAACGUUUUUCACA